CCCCCCAUGGACGCCCCCCACCCCCACUGUCCCCUCCAAGCUCGCUACCCAGGGUCUCCCAGUGGCACAGCCAGCAGAGCAGGCAAAUAGACCCCUUAUGGGCGCCCAGCCGUCAGCCCAUCUACCCAGCCAUCCUCCCUCAUCUGACACCCUGCCCAUGGUGGCCACAGCGGCUCAAGACAUCCCAGAGCCCCUUAGGGGAGACAGGGCCUGUGUCCCCAUUUCCGUGCAGGAUCCCGGAUCCCCCAAAUUUGCUGUCACACCCUGCAGAAGCGAAGCUGUUGCUGUGACGUGGGUGUCCCCGUCCAUCCCCAGGGACCCCAGCCCCGUUGCUGUGACGUGGGUGUCCCCGUCCGUCCUCGGGGACCCCAGCCCUGUUGCUGUGAGGUGUGUGUCCCCGUCCGUCCCCGGGGACCCCAGCCCUGUUGCUGUGACGUGGGUGUCGGGGACGCUGCGAGCCCAGCGGGCGCUGGGCGGACGACCGAAGGUUCAUGGCUGUGCCGUCUGGUUGGCGCUCUCAGCCUGUGCCCGGGCUGGGCUCUCCUCGGCCUCUGGGCUGCCCAGACACCCCUUCACCUCAGCAACCAGCCGGGCCAGAUGCCGCUGGAGCUCGCUGGCCGAGCGGACGCAGCCCCCGAUCACCUCCUCCAGCUGCCGCAGCCGUGGGGCACCCUCGCCCAGGGGGCAGGCGUCGGGGGACGCCGUUGGGUCUGCAACAACAGCACUAUCACCAGGGGGCUCUGCGGGGGCAGGAGAACUGGCCGUGCGGGCAGGUCGCUGCCCCCAGCAGGGGCUGUGGGGGGCAGGAGGACUGGCUGCCAGGCGGUCGCUGCACCCGGCAGGGGCGCUGCGGGGCAGGAGGCUGGCCGUGCGGCACCAGCGAGACGUAGUUCCGUUCCUCACCUCGUCCUCGGCCAGGCUGAGUCCGCCCGUGCCGCCCGACCGCCCGGCGAACUCCAGCACGUGUGCCCUCGUGCCACCAGCGCACCUGCAGCUGCCUCCAGCCCAGCUCCAGGGCGGGUAG